AUGCUUUUCCCAGUGGCCGCAAGGCCAGUGCUAGUGCCGGCGGCCGGCGAGCUGGUAGCGGCCGAGCUGCCAGGCAGCUCCUGCGCCGCCAGCUGCGAGGACCACGGCCUGCGGUGCCUCGCGGAGGAUUUGGCGUUCAUCAACAACUGCGAUGCCCUCUCCGGUGCGAUGGGCUGCAGGCGCUGCGAGCCUGGGGAAGGCUCAGAGCAGCCAGCACAGGAGGUGUUGGGCGUGAAGGCGGGCAGGUGCCUCUACAACACCAACUUCCGCCGCUUUCCGGGAUCCUGUUCAGCAGCCCACGAGGGCACCCGGCGGCUUUGCGUUUGCAGGGAGCCGUUGCAGCUGGCCGCCGCCAUGGCGCUGAAGGUUACAACCACCCUGACGACCACCAUUGUGACCUCGCUUCCGGAGUUGGAGGCCCCAGCUGAACUGGCCAGCUUCCACCCAGAGCAGCUGGCAGUGCUGGUGAUUGCCACUGGGCAGCGACCACGCUAUCUUGAGCAGUGCCUGGACUCGCUGGUGCAGGCGUACGGCUUCAACCCCCGCAUGGUCUUCGUGUCACAG